UUGAUAUCUACAAAACGCGCGCCCGUUCUUGUUAUUUCUUAGCAAAAGCUAUAUUUCCUAUUAAAAAGUUCUUUUUCGAUACGUACAUGCUCUCAAAAUGCCUAAAGCUAUGCGUGAGAUUUUUCAAAAUGGGAAUUCUUACGACGAAACGGACCGAAUGCCCGAUAACAUUACAAUAACCAAUCUCGAUAUUAUUAUGUACGUUGUGGCGAUUGUUGGGCACUUCGUAGACUUGGGAGUGGAUAUUAAUGUGGCUGUACAGUAUUCCUUGGCCGGCCAUAUGAUGGAAUUCGGAUGGACGCUUGCUUUCAUACUUUUACCAGCGUUCGUAAAUACCGCAGUAUCAAUACGCAUGUAUGCUCAAGACAAGCAGCAAGACUCCAUCAGCAACGAGGUGACAAAGCGUCACUGGCUGCGGAUCUUCAUUCUGGUGCUGCAGAUGGCUCCCAUACUCAGAUUCAUUGAUGCUUUAAUUUAUGCUAUAAAAUCUCGCAAAGCUGAGAGAAAACGUGACCACGCCUCCCAGCGCCAUUACUAUAAGCUGAUGUUGAAAGAAGACGCCGAUGCGGCGCUACUCAGGAUCUUCGAGUGUUUUCUGGAAGCUGCGCCGCAGCAGGUGCUGCAGACCAGUUUAUUAUUCGCUAUGGCCAACCAGUUCAGAGUGCACCAAAUCCUGUCAAUCUGCUCAUCCAUCAUCGGCAUGGGCUGGUGCCUGGCCGCGUACCAGCGCGCCGUGCGUUUCGCCCAACAAGACAAGGAGAACAUGAGUUGGACCGGUACUAUACUGCAGACGCUCUGGCAUUUCCUAGUUACACUGAGCAGAGUUAUGUCAAUAUCAAUGAUCGCCUACCUCUUCCCCUAUUGGACGAUUCUCGCCUGCGCCAUCCACAUCCUAAUCAUGAGCACGUGGCUUCAACUCUUCGACCGGUCGCCAUUUUGUUCACACAACAAAAUGGCCGAACUGUCAUUCUCACUCGCUUUAGGGGCUGUGUAUCUUUUCACUUACAUUCUACCGAUUGAAGGUAAGACUAGAUAUAGAUUCACUGUUUAUUAUACUGUAUGUUUCAUACAGAAUGUUGUUUGUGGUAUACUUUGGUUUUUAUAUGCGUCUGAUGCCAUGAGAGAUUCAGUAAUAUAUGUACCUGCGUUAAUUCUUACCGUAGUGCCAUAUGUAGUAGGUUUAAUUUUUAUGGUGGUUUAUUAUUCCUUCUUCCAUCCUAAAUUAAGAAGGGAGAGUAAAGACGUUAAUGUGACUUUUAAAGUUAAUGAAGAGUUGUCUGAAUUUAGUUAGCUGUGAGACAUUUUUGCAGAAUGUCAUCUAAUAUUUUAAUGUAAUAAUCGGGUUGGCCGGUCGAAGUGUUUAGCAGAUGGCGCCAGCAUAGCUUGACCUGUCAAUCCCUAGAAUUGUGUCAAAUUCUUGCUUUUUUUAAAUAGAAUUUUAUGCCCAGGAUGCCAGCCUUUUAAGCCAAAUCUCUUAGAAAUCAACUAGAGAAAGGGACAAGCUAUGAUGGCGCCAUCUAUGCAAACCUUAGACAGUUGCCAACCCCAUUAAUUCAGUACAAAUAUCACCAAACUAUUUUUGAAUGAAAUAGUUGAUAUCGUCAGGUGACAAUUAAAACUUACUACCUACUUAAUUGCAAAA